UUAUCACAUUUUAAUAUUUUCAUAUUCAAUAAAUUUAUUACAGAACGUGUUUAUAGUGUUUUCCAAUUUUCUUAGUUUUAUAUGUUUUUGAAAUCUCCAAGAUAAAUAAUGAUGCAGUCUCUAGUAAAUACUCUGAAAUUUUCAUAUUCAAAAAUCAACAUACAACCAGUUCGUCAUCGGUAUUGGAAAGAUCAACAAGGAGCUCGACCAUUAAUUCGACGAUAUGGUUAUAAUGAUGAUAAAAUUCUCCAGUCAGGGCUUUUGCCACGAUCGGCCGAUGAAAAAAAUAAAUUGCCAAUGCCCAUAUACAAACCUAAGGAUGUUUGGAACGAACGCAGAGCUCUUUUUGGACAAAAUGAUUACAUUGAUAUUUUAGGAGAUGAUUCGGUGCAUCCUGUCCGUGUACUAUACAAUGUGCCAUCCUGGUUGAGAGGAGUAAAGGGCAAUGAAUUUCAAAUAUUAUUAAGAAAAAGAAAGAUGUUGCAACAUGGUAUAUAUCCAUUGGCCAGACCAACAAAGUGGAGCCAAAUGCAAAAGAGGAUCAAAUAUUUGUAUACCUUCUUGAAUAGAAAAACUAGAACUGGAAUGGAAAAAUAAUAAACCUAUUAAGUUAAAAAAUAUAAAAAAUUAGUAUUUAAAAUGAUUUGUAUUUUGUAUAAAGAGAGAAAAACUUAAUAAAUAAUGGACACUAAACAGUUAUGAAAUCAUUAAAAUAUAUUGUAGGUAUAGACAUUAUUAUCAUUAUAUCUUCUGUCAAAAAUUAGAAAUAUUUCAAUUCAACUUUUUUUUUAAAUUUGCAAUAUAGUUUGAUGUAAAUAUAUAUAAAUAUUUUAAAAUUAUUUUUGUCUUGGUUUUAAUGUUAUAAAUGUAUGUAAGGUACAAUAUUUUAUAUUUUUAUGUAUACAAUUAAUAUUCUGGUUUAUAUACAACAUUCAUGAUAUGUAGUAAGAAGUAUUAAAGAAGCAACUGGUAAUGUAAAGUUGUUAUUGUUAACAGGAAGUACUUGAAUUGAUUAUGAUUAAUAUGAAUGUGCAUACAUAUAUAUAUAUAUUUAGCCAUAAAUGUGUUUAUGAUUAUUAUCAUCUAAAGCCUAGAAGUUGGAAAUUGGACAUUUUAAUAAAUUUCAUAACAAAAUUGA